AAGCACUAUUUAUAAAAGAGUGAAAAUUACCCAAAUGUUCAUCAACAGCAGAAUGGAUAAGUAAAUUGUAAAACAUCCACAAUGAAAUACUAUAUUACAGUGAGAAUAGAUUAACUACAUCUACACACAAACAUAAUGUUUAGCAAAAAAUAUGUAAGGUACUUCAUUUGCAUAAAUACAAAACUAGGUAAAGCAAAUCUAUACAAGAUGGCAGGAUAAUGGUUACCCUUGGGGCAAGGGUGGUGACUAGAUGAAGACAGGAGGAGGGCUUCUGGAAUGUGGCAAUGUCCUGUUCUUACGAGGAUGCUAGUUGGUUGGGUGUGUUCAGUUUGCAUUCUUCUAUAUGUAUAUCAUACUUCAAUAAAAGUUCAAGGAGAAUCAUUUCCGGGUGGAUUGUAGAACUAAAUGUGAAAAGCAAAACAAUCGUCUAGUAGACCACAUAGGAAAAUGCGAUGGGGGUAAGGGAAGAUUUCUUAAGGCACAUGCACAUGCACACACACCCAAUCCACUAACCUAAAGAAAAUAAUUGAACUACAUAAAACUUGGAAACUUCUCAGCCAGGCGAGGUGGCUCACGCCUGUAAUCCCAGCACUGUGGGAGUCUGAGGCAGGUGGAUCACUUGAGCUCAGGAGUUGGAGACCAGCCUGGGCCACAUGUCAAAACCUUGUCUCUACAAAAAAUACAAAAGUUAGCCAGGCCUGUUACCUGUGCCUAUAGUCCCGGCUAUUUGGGAGGCUGAGGUGGGAGGAUCUCUUGAGCCUGAGAGGUCAAGGCUGCAGUGAGUCCUGAUGGCACCACUGCACUCCAGCCUAGGUGACAGAGUGAGACCCUGUCUAAAAAAAAAAAAAAAAAUUCUAAUCAUCAACACCAUUAAGAGUGAAAAGGCAAGCCACAGAGUGUGUUCAUAUCCCUAAUAUAUAAAGAAAUUCCACAAAUCAAUAAGAAAAAAAGGCAGACAACUCCAUAAGGAAAAAAAAAAAUGAGCCAGGGACUCGAAAGAACACUUAACAAAGGAAGCUAUCAGAAUGGGCACCAUACACAUGAGAAGGUUCUCAGCUUCAUUAGUGAUUAGAGAAAAGCAAAGCAAAGCAGUAGUGCAAUACCGCCACACACCCAUCAGAAUAGCUGAAGUUAUAGAGUUAAAAUGCCAAGAAGGCUGAAGCUGGAAGCCAUGAAAACCCUUACACACCGCUGGAGUGUGUAUAUUAUUUCAGCCUCUUAGCAUAACUGUUGGGCAUUACUUAUUGAUGAUAGAUAUCAUACCCUAUGUCCCAGCAGUUCCACUCCAGGACAAACUCAUGCAAAUGUGCAUCAGAUCCACGUACCAGAAAAUUCAUAGCAGCAUUACUCAGAAUAGCCCUAACUGAAAACUACUUUGAUGUCUAUCAACAGCAGAAUAAGUAAUUUAUGGUAUAAUAUAUACAAUGGAAUUCUCUUCAGCAGCGAAAGCAAACAAACCAUCUCUGUAUGCAACCUGGAUGGACUCCAGACAUAAUAUAGACUCCAUGAAACUAGGCCCAAAAAAAGCAUACUGCAUGAUUCUAUUUAUAGCAAAAGCAAGCAAACCGAAUUCGUAGUGUUGAGUUCGCGGUUGCCUUUUGGGAAAGAGGGAGGCUUUCAGAAUAGUGGUGUUUUGGAUCCCGGUGUCGGCUACGCAGCUGUGUUCACUCUAGUCAUUAAUCACUCUGUAAAUUCCUGAUAUGCACACUUUUAUGUAUAUCACAUUUCAUACAUAUGAAUAUUCAGAAGUCUAAAGGUCACAAGCUUAACCGCAAACCCUACCGUGCCCGAGGCCGGGCUGGACUUGCGGAGCGGUGGGGUUGUCCCGGCGACCUGCCCCAGGCGGGCCACCUAGCCCGGGAUCUCACACUGUACCCCGGAGCAAGGCCCAGGCCCGGGACGGGCACCUGAACUCCUGGACCCUUCACUGAACCCCACGGGUUCCCGCGACGGCUGGUGGAGGGAGGACAGUCACAGCUUCCCCUCCCACCUCGAGGUGCGCUAAUGCAUGAGAAAGUUCCCCUCGGGUGUUUCCACAUUCGCCUUAACUUUUAAACACCAACGUCUGGAAUCAGGGGUCCUCCAGACUCCGAACACACCCUAGGAAACAACCCAGAGCUAGACACAUCCCCUGUGCGCGCGCCACGACUUCCGGCAGGAACGCCCCCGGAGGCGUGGCUUUUCGAUUGCUUCGGCCUGGCGGUCGAGCUGCGCGCGCACUCGGCGGCUGCGAUUGGUGCUGCCUGGCGGCGGGGCGCGGGGCACGCUGGGACGUCUCGCUGGCGGGAGGCCACGGGCUUUCCGCAGCGCGGGGGAACGGGAGGCUGCAGGAUGGUCAAGCUGACGGCGGAGCUGAUCGAGCAGGCGGCGCAGUACACCAACGCGGUGCGCGACCGGGAGCUGGACCUCCGGGGGUAUAAAAUUCCCGUCAUUGAAAAUCUAGGUGCUACGUUAGACCAGUUUGAUGCUAUUGAUUUUUCUGACAAUGAGAUCAGGAAACUGGAUGGUUUUCCUUUGUUGAGAAGACUGAAAACAUUGUUAGUGAACAACAACAGAAUAUGCCGUAUAGGUGAGGGACUUGAUCAGGCUCUGCCCUGUCUGACAGAACUCAUUCUCACCAAUAAUAGUCUCGUGGAACUGGGUGAUCUGGACCCUCUGGCAUCUCUCAAAUCGCUGACUUACCUAAGUAUCCUAAGAAAUCCGGUAACCAAUAAGAAGCAUUACAGAUUGUAUGUGAUUUAUAAAGUUCCGCAAGUCAGAGUACUGGAUUUCCAGAAAGUGAAACUGAAAGAGCGUCAGGAAGCAGAGAAAAUGUUCAAGGGCAAACGGGGUGCACAGCUUGCAAAGGAUAUUGCCAGGAGAAGCAAAACUUUUAAUCCAGGUGCUGGUUUGCCAACUGACAAAAAGAAAGGUGGGCCAUCUCCAGGGGAUGUAGAAGCAAUCAAGAAUGCCAUAGCAAAUGCUUCAACUCUGGCUGAAGUGGAGAGGCUGAAGGGGUUGCUGCAGUCUGGUCAGAUCCCUGGCAGAGAACGCAGAUCGGGGCCCACUGAUGAUGGUGAAGAAGAGAUGGAAGAAGACACAGUCACAAACGGGUCCUGAGCAGUGAGGCAGAUGUAUAAUAAUAGGCCCUCUUGGAACAAGUCUUGCUUUUCAAACAUGGUAUAAUAGCCUUGUUUGUGUUAGCAAAGUGGAAUCUAUCAGCAUUGUUGAAAUGCUUAAGACUGCUGCUGAUAAUUUUGUAAUAUAAGUUUUGAAAUCUAAAUGUCAAUUUUCUACAAAUUAUAAAAAUAAACUCCACUCACUGUGCUGCCAA